UGCCCCCCCGCCUCUUGGGAGCCCCGACGGCAGCUCCAGAAACCCCCCGGGACCCGCGGCCGCACGGACCGGCGAUUCGGCGUUGUUACGGUGGGAAGAGCUGGCGUGCGAGCGGCCGGCUGCAGCGAGCCAUUUAUUUUUAUUUAUUUUUUUUUUUUAAUUCCCCCCGCCCCCCGAAGCCUGACCGUGUUCUGAAGGUGUCCGGGAACCGGGGCCGGCGGCAGGACUGCCGCUCCAGGGCAGCACAGGGCGAUUGAUUCUUGUGAGGCUCUGGGACAUUUGAAAGUGAUUUGGAGAGAGCAAAGUCUGUGUCUGAUGGACACCGAACCAAAGCCAGCGUGUGUUGUGCCGCAGGCUCACUGCCCAGGAAUGAAGUGUCCUCCUGCAGAGGACUUUCCUCCUCAGAUAAGACUGUCUGAAAAGAUACCACCAGUGAAGCCAUGCUUCAAGAAGAAGCAGCAAGUGCAGAAGAGACUGGACACAGAAACUCUCCGGGCUUUGCGGCCAAUCUUUACCAGUUUGCUGGGAGCUGGGACCUUGGGUAGGGUCUUUGUGCCCCGAGGCAAAAGUGGUGGUCAUAGCAAUUUAUGUGAACCUGCUGUGAAAAAGACUCUGGACCUCAGUACUUCUUGCCCCCAACCAGAAAAUAAUGUGACUGUGCUGGUGCCAACAGCUCCAGAUGUGCAGAGUCAGUUGCCAGUAGCUUGUCCUUCUUCUGGGCAUCCUGGGCAGGACGUCCAGUCGGGAGAGCAAGGCUUCUCACCAGAAACUACUCCUGGAACUACUGCUGCUGCUGAUAAUAAUAAUAAUAAUAAUGAAUCAUUCCGGGAUCAUCCUUUGCACCCAGCUGCUAGUGAUGGUGCUGCUUGUCCUUUGUUCCCAGACAAGAUUCUGGAAAGUUACACAUCUGGCUUAUUCCAAGAGAAUAGCUGUCCCAUGCAAUACAAUUUGAACCCAAGCAAUAAAUUCAGUGCUGGGAUAUUCCAGGAUAAAAGUGAAGAAGCUUCUCUUGAUCUGGUGUUUGAACUCUUGAACCAGCUGCAAUAUCACACCCAUCAGAAAGAUGGAAUAGAAAUCUGUGUGGAUUUUCUCCAGGGCACUUGUGUUUAUGGCAGCGAUUGUCCCAAACAUCACACAGUCUUGCCUUAUCAUUGGCAAGUGAGAAGGACAGCAACCCAGAGUUGGCAGAGUGUGACCAACGAUUCCCAGGAGCAUCUGGAAAGACUCUACUGCAACCCUGACAAUGAUCGGAUCAAAGUGAAGUAUCGGGGACAUGAGUUCUGGGUGGAUUUGAACGUCAUGAAAUUAUAUGAAACUGUUGAGUUUGACCAAAUGCGGCGGCUGUCCACACCUUCCUGCCCCAGCUCCAGCUCCAACUACUACACGGUCUGGAAAUACUUCUGCAGGGACCACUUUGGCUGGAGAGAAUACUCUGAGCCUGUUGUAAGAUUGAUAGAAGAAGCCAGCUGCCGGGGUCUGAAAGAGGUUCGGUUUGUUACUUGGCAUAACCAGUAUAUCUUGAACAUCAAGGAUGGAUUCCAGCAAAAUGCGUGUUUCAGAAGAGAGAUCAAGAGGAGACCCCUUCUUCGCUCGUGCGUUGUGCUGAUGCCGUUCUUACAGACUUUAGGUGGCAACUCUCCGGUGCCCUCUCUGUCAGCCGAACCCGCGUCCUCCCAUGUCUUAUCUCCAACUGCUGUUACCUCUCCAAACUUCUAUCCUGAAACCUGGAUUAGUAUGGAUCCAUCUCAGGACUUCAUCCAAGUGCCUGUUCUGAAGGAAGAUAAAAGCUAUAGAACCAUUUAUAACCUGUUUCACAAGACUGUGCCAGAGACCAAAUAUAAAAUUUUGAAAAUUCUGAGAGUGCAGAAUCAGUUUCUGUGGGAGAAAUAUAAAAGGAAAAAGGAAUACAUGUCCAAAAAAAUGACUGGGCUCGACAGGAUAAUGAACGAAAGGCAUUUGUUCCAUGGCACCUCCCAGGAUGUGGUGGAUGGGAUCUGCAAGCACAACUUCGACCCGCGCGUCUGCGGGAAGCAUGCCACCAUGUUUGGGCAGGGCAGUUACUUUGCCAGAAAAGCGAGUUAUUCCCACAACUUCUCCAAAAGGUCCCCCAGAGGAGUUCAUUACAUGUUCCUGGCGAAAGUACUGACCGGAAGGUACACGGUGGGAAACCACACCAUGAGGAGACCUCCGCCGGUCAACCCCGGCAGCAUCACCAGCGACCUCUACGACUCUUGUGUGGACAAUUACUUUGAGCCUCAGAUUUUUGUCAUUUUUAACGAUGAUCAGAGCUACCCUUAUUUUAUUAUCCAAUAUGAAGAAGUUAGCAACACUGUCUCCAUUUGAAAACUCGUGCUGCUGAAUUAUUCAUUUUAAUAAACUCUCUUAUCUGGCAUGGGUAGCAGGUUUUGUGGAGGAAAAAAAAAAAAAAAAGGACAUUGCAGAACUGGUUAAAUUACUUGCUUGGAAGGAACUAAAUCUCAAAAUAUAGAAAAGAAGAUCUGAAGUGACCAAUUGUGCACUUGCUGUUUGAUUAUGUAUGUGCAAAUUGUAAAUAUUUUUCCAUUGUUUAUAGUUGAAAAUCUGUGCCUUUUGUGAUAAAACACUGUUUAUUUAUGUUAGUAAAUAUUCAUGUUUGAAAAUG